CCCUGGGAGGGGAUCAGCUCCAGCUCUGUGUGCAGGGGCUCUGUGCUCCAGGAGGGGCUGGGGCCCUGCCUCCGGGGGCUGUGCAUGGGGCAGGCGGGAUGGCAGGGGCUGGCUGGGCACCGCCACGCCUGGAUGAGUUCAUCCUGACCGAGAGGCUGGGCAGUGGCACCUAUGCUACUGUUUACAAAGCCUACAGGAAGAAGAACGCCCGGGAAGUGGUGGCCAUCAAGUGUGUGAACAAGAGGAGCCUGAACCGGGCGUCGGUGGAGAACUUGCUGACAGAGAUCGAGAUCCUGAAGACCAUCCGCCACCCACACAUCGUGGAGCUGAAGGACUUCCAGUGGGACAGUGACAACAUUUACCUCAUCAUGGAGUUCUGCGCGGGGGGGGAUCUGUCCCAUUUCAUCCGGACGCGGAAGAUACUCCCGGAGAAGGUGGCACGGCUCUUUCUGCAGCAAAUGGCAUGUGCCCUGAAGUUCCUUCAUGACAGGAAUAUCUCCCACCUGGACCUGAAGCCUCAGAACAUUCUCCUCAGCUCUGUGGAGAAUCCUCAUCUUAAACUGGCAGAUUUUGGCUUUGCACAGUACAUGUCUCCAUGGGAUGAGAAGCACGUGCUCAGGGGAUCCCCGCUCUACAUGGCCCCCGAGAUGGUGUGCCAACGGCAGUAUGAUGCCCGUGUGGACUUGUGGUCCGUGGGGGUCAUUCUCUACGAGGCGCUGUUUGGGAGGCCGCCUUUUUUCUCCAAAUCAUUUGCCGAGCUGGAGGAGAAAAUCCGCAGCAACCGGGUGAUUGAGCUGCCCAGCCGGCCCCGGCUUUCCCAGGAGUGCCGGGAUCUCUUGCAGCGCCUCCUGGAGAGGGACCCGCUGCAGCGCAUCUCUUUCGAGGAGUUCUUCGCCCACCCCUUCGUGGACAUGGAGCACAUGCCCAGCGCAGAGAGCCUGCGCAAAGCGACUGCCCUGGUAGUGGAAGCUGUAAAGAAGGAUCAGCAGGGAGACCCCUCGGCUGCCCUCUCUCUCUACUGCAAGGCCCUGGAGUUUUUUGUCCCUGCCCUGCACUAUGAAACUGACGCUCGCAGGAAGGAAGCGAUCCGGUCGAAGGUGGGUCAAUACAUCUCACGAGCGGAGGAACUAAAGACGCUGGUGACAUCCAACAACAAGACCCUCCUGCAGCAAGGCAACCCCGCCAGGGACAUCCUCAAAGAGAUGUCCAGGGACAAGCCCCGCCUGUAUGCUGCGCUGGAGGUGGCAUCUGCAGCCAUCACUAAGGAGGAGGAGGGCAAGGAUGACUCUGACACACUCGAUCUCUACCAGCAGAGUCUGGGGGAGCUGCUGCUUAUGUUAGCUGCAGAGCCUGUGGGCAGGAGACGGGAGCUGCUUCACUCUGAGCAGAUUCAGACUCUGAUGGGCCGGGCUGAGUACCUGAAAGAGCAGAUCAAGAUGAGGGACGCGCAAUCCAUGGGCAAGGAGAUGCUGUCGGAGUCUGUCCGGAGCUCCUGUACUCUGCAGUAACACCCAGGUGAGCAUGGACCCCUGAGGGAUCAGUACAGCACCCAAGGCAACAGAUACUGACAGACCUCCUCAGCACCAGCCUCCUCAUCUGACUUCCCAUCCAGGAAUCAUGUGCAUGCAUGGCGGUUUGCGUACGUGUAUUAACAGACACAUGGAUGGUUUAUAUACAUGCUGUCACGUUAGUUACAGAACACGAGUUUAUCUAGAGGGUUUCACUUAUAUGCACUGUCUGAUGAUUUUACGUAUGUAUAUACACAGUAUAUAUGUACAAAUCAUUGUAAAAAAUGGGUAUGUGCUGUCAUCACAUGUUAAGCAAAGAGAGAAUUAAAAAAGAGCUUUUAGUAUUUAAUGUCAAGGAACAACCCUAGCUCCAUUACUGACCCCUGCCUGGGGAGCUAGGGGAUAAUGGCAAGAUUUAGAGCUUAAAGGGCUGAUCAUACAAACAGGGCAUUUGUAUGUGUUGCGGUAGACUACUGGCCUUUAGGGAUCCGGUGAGGGACAUGAUAACAGAAGGCAGGGGGCUUUAGCGCUACCUUCCUUAAGGAUUCGCUCCCUGCGGCUGCUCCUUCCACACUCACUGCCUCUCCACAAGAGAGUCGUGGAUAGAGGGGCUGGGAAGGGGCUGAGGGGGAUCUGAGAAAAGGGUCUGAGUCCCAUCCCCCUGGCUGCAGGAUGGUAUGAAUGUAUUUCUGCCUAAUCCCCAGUCGCACGCUUCGAUCCCUCCAGUCAGGGGCUCCGUGACUGCGGCAGAUGGCCUAUUCCACCCUCGAAUCUCCUUCACUAUUUAAAAAGUGGGAUAAAUAUUGUUUUCUUAAUUUUAACUCCUGCAGAUUCCUCCCCUGUCCCCCUCUGUAAACUCUUCAUCAUCCCCUGCAGACCAUGUGCUCAUCUUUCCUUUGGGCCAUACAUGUUCCUUUCUCCUUGCAAAUCCUCGUCUAGGACACAUUUUUAAAAAAAAUCCUGUCUCCUGAUUGGCCGGUGAAGUGCAGCCAGCGCUUGGCUCUCUGUCCACAACCUGAGGGAAGAGAAGUGGGGGUGGGGUAUACAAAUAUAGCUCGCCUCCCUGGGGCCCCAAGGAGCUGAGCACCUCUUGUGAGAGUCUUGGUAUCUUUCCUGAAAUCAGCGAGAGCUGAGAACACUCAGCAACUUGCAGGAUCAGGCCCUGGGGAUCUAUGGAAGAAAAACACUUAGAAGGGCCUGAUCCAAAUCAAUGGACCAGGCCCAUAGUCUAAGUAUUAUCUACUAUGCACCUUUAAUCUUGGUAAAAGCCACACCAGAGCAUCUCCCAAUGACUGGGAUCUCUGUGGUUGUGCUUUUACCAAUUCUGUUUUAAUUAUUCAGGGCUCUAUUUUUUUAAUUGGAUCCUAAGCUGACUGUUAAGCAGACACGUCUGUAGUAGCUUGUUUUUAAGACUGACUGGAUUGGAAAUCCAGCCAGUUGCUUAGAAAACGCUCAACGGUGUGGGAAAGCCGAACCACAGCUAAAACUGCAGUCGAGUAGGUGCAAGUUUGCUCCUGAGGGCUGGGGUCAGAUCCAUGAUCUGGAUGCUUUUGUGAGCAAUGGAGCUCUGAGUGGAGGCUGAUGUGCCAUGCCGUACAGAGCACUGACGUGUGCAGCACUCCAGGUCGGGCGUGACUAGAGCUGGGCGAAGAAACUUAUAUUUUUUCCAGUUAAAAAUGCAGUUUCGGCAACGCUGAAUUGUUUCACGAAUUCAUGGUGAUUCUGCUGAAUUGUUUUGGUCUUUUUAAAAAAAUGGGGGGAUGGGUUUGAAACUGCUUUUAGUUCUAAACUGUCUCUUAAUUUUAUUAGAACGUGGUCAAAAUCAAAAUAUAAUGGUUUGAUUUUGUCAAAACAAAAUCUCAUUUGCCCCAAAACAAUUUUUUUGUUGACCUUCCAAACUUGCCAGUGAACCAAAAAAAUCUAUUUGCCCAGCUGUAGUGCUGACUCGAGUACUGUAGAUGUGCCUUCAUCAAUGAAUCAGUCAGCUCCCUGCUCCUACAUCAGAUCUCUCAAUCAGUCCAGUUGCUCCGUUUUGGAACAGAAUUUCACCGUGUGCCCUCUCCAAUCUCUUUCUGUAAUACUGUGUCCCUAACCAGCAUUCUCUCAGGCUGUAGCAACACUGUCCUGAAAUGGCUGGGGAGAGAUUAAGCAAGCUAGGGGACCAGAAGGAUUCAUAUCAACCCUAAGAGCAUUGGUCCUACCUCUGUGCACUUUAUUGUCUGAAGCCAAAUACGCCAGCUUGAAUUUAGCCUGACUAAUUUUCAUGCCCUUUAUUUCUGUCUACUUCUGUAGAUCCUGGACUAUCCCAGACAAGGGGAGCCAUUUGCUAUGGGGCAAAGGGGGCCGUUACCCCUCCCAGACCUUGAUUUGCCUCUCCGUCCCAACUUUUCAUAGGUCUUUCUAUUCCAUUCCCCCCCCCCACCAACUUUGCAGGAUACAAUCUAAUCACAUAUAAUGUUCUAUAUGCUGACAACUUUGCCCCCCUCUUGCACUCCCCUGAAAUGCUGCAGGCCUCUGGGCCAAAUUCAUCCCACUGGAGGUCAUGACAAAAUUCUGAUUGGGAUCAGGCUUUGGCCUUAUUCUUAUGCCCAAAUAACUGGGUGCUGAAUUGCUAACCACCAGUUCCUCUCUAGCACUGGGUUUAUUGGGUCUUUUUGUUUGGAGCUGCUUUGAGCCACAAUCCUGACUGAUCCUUUCCUCCCUGUGACAAUCUUUACUUAUAGACAUCACUUAACCCUGAAACCCCCAACGUUAUUUUGGACUGAACUGACCCUCACCUCAGCUCUUAUUUUUGAUUCUGGUUUUUCUUUCUGUUCUGCUUGUAGACGGCUGGGUCGCUGAGUGAGCUCCUCUGGCUCUGUGCACUGUUUGUUUUAAAUGUAGGGGAGGGAAUGUAAAUUGCAGUAGUUGCUUGGCAGGAGGCAGCGCUGUGUGAAUGGGCCCAGCACUGCUCAGAGCUUUUCUCAAAGUCUGCUGCGUAUAAAGAAAAUGUAAUUUAUUGUUGGCUUUAUUAAAUAACUUUCCAAAUA